GGGGACCGCUUAGCGGAGCUGAUGUCCUUUGCCGGCUUGUCGUACCAAAUCUUCUAUUUUAUAAGUUUUGCGUGGAUGGAUGCAAUCCAUCUCUUACAUUUUUGAUAACUUUGAACAGAAAGUUGAAAAACAGUAGUUCAAGAAAAGCAUUCUUGUCGCCUAUAUAAAGUAUGUGAAUCCAGACUGAUCAAGAACUGAAUGACUUGUCAAGAAUUUUAUCUUGUACAAACUAAUUAAUCUCUCGAUGAAGGAGGAUCAUAUUAAAUAGAAAAAUAAAUAAAUGAGAACGUGUGAGAUAUUGUAAUAAUGAGAACAAAUAAAAGGGUUAGGUCAACAAUUACACAUGAAUUCUACAGCUAUUUACAAACUUGAUUUCAGUGAUUAGCUUAAUUAAGGACGUGUAAGAUAUACCUAUGAGACUUGUUCAGCAUACACAAAAAGCUUGUGCAGAUGUUCGCCUUAAUCUGUUCGAAAAAGAUUAAGAUAUAUAAAGAUUGUUGUGAUAAAAAACUACUAUCAACGAAUAUUCAAUCCGACUAUCAGCAUGACCAUACUCGAUCAAAUAUGCUACACUAUAUUACAACUUGGAAAAAAAUACCACGUAUGUGCCAGUUCAGUUGGUUAAGCGCAAGUGUCGGUGUUCUUGUAUUCUUGGGUUCAGUGCACCGUGGGAAGGAUGCUUUGCGCCAUAAUUAGUAUUAGCGCCGCCGAGUCCCAAACCUGGGAAGAUUAUUUGGCCAAAGGUCCGGACAGCUCCUGGUUAUUAAAAAAAAACUUUUGAAAAAACAUGGAUAAGAAAUCAAAUAGUGUAAAAUGAAAAGUUACAUACCAAUUAUAACUAUAUCCGACACGACUGCACGUGUGAGGAUUAGGCUUUUAGCAAUAUAGACUCGUUUAUACAACCAAAAUAUGGUUAAACAAUAGUUGGUUUUAUUGGUUGUUCUGUUCUGGUUAUAUAGACCCCUUCAUGUUUGAAUAAUGUAAUAGGUGUUUGUUCGUGUAAAAAAGAAUAAGACAAUCAACGUAUACUGUAGGUAAAUUUAGCACUAGAUGUUCUCCGAACCCUUUUCAUCGAUCUUCUUGACAUAUUAAGAGACUUCAACGCAUUUAUACCGAGUACGGUGUAGUUUUAAAUUAGGAUAACAUAAAACUGUAUAACUAGAAAUCUAUUACAAUUUUUUUAAAGAAAAUUUGUGAAGACAAUUUUAAAAUUUUGAAAAGAAAAUGUAGAGUGUAACACGUCUUUCAUAAAAGUUCAACGUAAUAAUCAUUCGAUCUGUAAACUUCACAACAUAAAAUUCCAAAUUAGACACCAGGAUCAUUAACAAAUCUUCUAGUGCAAAAUAAUAGUUCAUCAUGUGAACUUGUUUUGAAUACUAUUAAUUAAUAUAUUAAAAGAUGCAUAUAGUUCUUCUCAGAUCAUGACAGCACUAAUCACGAUUUAAAUCUAAAUGGUUCCAGCUUGUAUCAAAUUAUUUAAAAACAGCCCUUUCUCAAAAAAAAAAAAAAAUCAAACAACAUACUACGAUAAAAAUGUGGGACCAAGUACGUAUAAUGGUGAGACAUUUACUUAUAAUGGUCAUGGACCUCAUGCUCUACAACUUUGGUCGGUUUAUUAUCUGUAUAGGUAUGCUCAUUUUUCGUCUGUUUGCAACUUACAUACGUACCAUCGGAUUUAUAUCCCGAUUACGAUACAACAGCAGUGCGAAUAUUGCGUUUUGUGUUCGGAGUUCGGAUCAGUUGAUUACGUAUAGGUGCAACCUUUUCGAUUAUAUCCUGAAAAUAUAUUAGUAAGAACACAUUUAUUCAGACGACCACGACGUUGAUUAUAUUAAAUUGCAUGAGCUGGAAUAGAUGUUUUUCACUUUAUUUUCUUCAAGUUGCCUAUUUCACAUCAAGACAUGGUGCCCACUUUCCUUCCACUAAUAUUAUAUGUAUAGCGAUUAUAUUAUCUAUGUAAAAAUGUUCUGUCGUUUACAUUCAUCCCAAAAAAUAAUUUAAUGUAUAUGAUCACAUCAACAUGAUAAAUUUAAUCUGUAAGACUGUAGAUAUUGAACAACACUUGGACACAAAAUGUAUAACUAUAAUGUAUUCUAACUCUUUCUUUUGUUUUUAUUGAUAAAAUGAAACUGACUCGAAUAUACACAAACUGACAUAGUGUAACGAAAAGUUAAAAUCAUCUUUACAUAAGAAAAUUAAGUAAGAAGUUCGAUUUGAAAAUGUCACGGUAACAUCAUUUAAGACAAAUCAGUGCUAAAUCUAAAAACAAUUAUCAACUUCUUUUUUUCUUGUAAUGUUGACAUCUAUACUUCUACAUCUAUUUAUACACAUUACCAUAUUACAGAGAGAUCUCCAAACACAAGUAAUCUUCUUCAUCUUUCGAUUCCAUCAUCGACAGUAUGGCUAGAUCCUUGGUGCUCUCGCUAACACUCGCAUUCCUUUUCAUCGGAAUGGUCUCAGCUCGUGACUGGAACAUCCUAAACCAGUUCAAAGGACUCAAGUCUACCAAAACCACCACCAGCCAAAAGGGGGUCGCCACACUGAAAGAUCCAAACCUAACCGGAUACUGCGAGAGCUGGAGAAUCAACGUGGAGCUUCACAACAUCAGAGACUUCACGGUGGUGCCACAGGAGUGCGUGUGGUUUGUCCAAAAGUACAUGACAUCAUCUCAGUACGAGGAUGACGUGGAGAGAGCCGUUGAUGAAGCUAUCCUCUACCUCGGAAAAACUUGUUGCGAGAAGAAGAAAUGUGAUGGCAUGGAUGCUUGGAUCUUUGACAUUGAUGACACUCUUCUCUCCACCAUUCCUUACCACAAGAGCAACGGCUGCUUCGGUGGUGAGCAACUAAACACGACCAAGUUUGAGGAAUGGCAAAGUUGGGGAAAGGCACCAGCGGUUCCAAACAUGGUGAAGCUGUUCCAUGAAAUCAGAGAGAGAGGUUUCAAGAUCUUUUUGGUUUCUUCUCGCAAAGAGUACCUCAGGUCCGCCACCGUCGAGAACCUUAUUGAAGCCGGUUACCACGGCUGGUCUAACCUCCUCCUCAGGGGAGAAGAGGAAGAGAAGAAGAGUGUGACCCAAUACAAGGCAGAUGUAAGGACAUGGCUUACAAGUCUUGGAUACAAAGUUUGGGGAGUUAUGGGUGCACAAUGGAACAGCUUCGCAGGCUGUCCAGUUCCCAAGAGAACCUUCAAGCUCCCUAACUCCAUCUACUAUAUCGCUUGAUCAAAUCAUAUAUUACUGAUCUAACCAAAUAAAAUAGGAUCAGAGUUUCAGAUCUGAUUCUUGAGUCGUUUGAUGGUAUCAUCUUUUUGUUUUCCCAUUUCUGGUUAUUAUAACCAACUCUUUUUUUUUUGUGCACCUGGUUUAUGUAACCAACUCAAAUGCUUAUGAGGAGUGAUAUAUGAACCAUGAUCAUCUUUGUUUCUGUUGAAUUCACUGUUUAUUUUUUGUAUUACCA